AUGACGCAUCCAUUCGACGCUGAUGACUUACUAAAAAGAUCGAUAUUCAGCUCUAUUCUUGGAUUUGGCCGUAAAAUAAAGAAUUCAGGGAAGAUAGGAUCGACGACUAGCAUAAAUACUAACAGUACCACAGCACUGAGUGAUUUAACUCCAUACAACCGCAAAUAUCGAACAAAACAGGAAAUAUACAACGAAAUUGUUUGUGAAUGCGCUGAACUGGAGAAAAAUAAGGUUGCAUCGGUGCCGAAUUCAGCUGAGAUGAGAUCCGUAGCAUGCUCCACAAAUGGGCUGACUGACACAACAAUAAGUCCAUGCAUUCCGGAUCCUCACACUUCAUUAGAACACAGUAACAACAAAACAAUACAGAAUUUAGUUCAACUAUUGGUGGCAGCUGUUAAGGAAAGUGGAAUCCUCAAUGAUCAAAGUGGAACAAGUUCACCAGAAGACAUACUGAAACGUAAAAGGCUACAGAACAAGAAUGCAGCGAUACGCUACCGAAAACGACAAAAGGAGCUCAAAGAGGAGGCAGAAUUGGAAAUGACAAUCCUUGUGAACAAAAAUAAUGAAUUGAAAAACGAAAUCAAACGAAUGCAAGCCGAAAUCGAUCAACUGAAAGCACGAGUUUUAAAAAGAACCAGCGAAGAAGCGUACCCCUCCCGUGAAAUAUAG